UAGGGAGGCUUUAGAAACACCAGGCAGGAAACACAGGGAGAAGACUCAAAAUCCAAGGGAAAAAUACACAACUUAAAUACACUGGGGAAACAAGGCACAGGUGACCUGGAUGACACUAACAAGGACACACGAGGAAGAACUAAGGCAGAGGAGAAACCAGGGGACCUCUAGAGGCAUGGAGACAAACUACAGGAGGUAGGAUGCUGACACCCAGUAACUUUGUUUUGGCUUCCUCAUUCUACCGGAUGAGAUUUAAGAUGAUGCCCAACAGCAGUAAUGGGAAGAAUUUGGAUCUCUCCAGGCUGACAGAUGACGAAGCCAAGCAUGUCUGGCAGGUGAUCCAGAGAGAUUUCCACCUGCGAAAGAAAGAAGAGAAUAGACUAGGGGAACUCAAGACCAAAAUAAUGAAAGAGGACACCAAGAGAGAGCUACUGGAAUAUCAGCCUAAACUCAGUGAUUCCCUCUGUAUCCGCUGUCUGCAGCCCUUCAAAUUCCUUGUCAACAGCAAGCGCCAGUGUCUGGAUUGCAAGCUAUUUGUCUACAAGUCCUGCAGGCGUUUUAAUAAGAAGGACCACGGCUGGGUUUGUGAUCCAUGCCACAUGGCCAGAAUCCUUAAGAUUGGGACUCUGGAGUGGUUUCAUGAGAAUGUACGCUCUCGUUUAAAGCGGUUUGGCAGCGCAAAGGUCAUGAGUUCACUUUUCAAAAGGCUGAACAGUGACCGUGCCUGUUCUCAAACUGACCUCAGAGAGCCUCGGGAUGAUGACACACACAGCAUGCCUGAAGUUCACAGUUAA